UUCUAUUACAGGAAAGGUGGGUGUUUUAAUGUGAUAGAUAGUUAACAUAUUGUAAAGAUACCUGUCAUGUUUGUGAUGUUACUCUGAGCCGGUAUAUCCACACCGAGCAAGCUUGAAAAAUAUGCCUGAGGCUGACCACGGUGGGAAUCGAACGUACUCCUUUGGAACACAAGCCCAUCGUAGUUUCGAUUCCCACCGUGGUUCGAAUCGUAGGUUCGAUUCCCACAGUUACCAGGCAUAUUUUUCAAGCUUCCCGGUGUGGAUAAACACUCAGAGUAACAUCACAAGCAUCAUAUUCACCUGAGUACACAACAUCAACAGGGAAAAAAUCAUAUUACUAGAUUGCAUUGAUAUCGAAGGAACUAGACUGAGUUCCGAAAUAUCACAUACUCGAACCGACCUGACGGCGUAGCUCAGUUAGCAUAGCAUUUGGCUGGUAUUCCAAAGGUCGUAGGUUCUAUUCCUACCGUUGCCAGGCAUAUUUGUCAAGCUUGCAACACCAACACAGAAAAAAAUGAUACCUGUUAUGAUUAAAUUACCUGAACAUUUAGGAUCGUUUUUCAAGGAUAGUUACAUUUGUAUAAAAGUAGUAACUGCAUGAUCCAAUUGUUAAUACGUAAUUGCAUGGAUAUGAUUGGGUUAUGAUUUUAGUGAACCUCUAGACAACAUUCUAAAAUUGAAAGAGGCCGCAUGCUUAGAAAAAAUCCAUUCGUCUUCAAAGUUUCGUGAGCUAAAAUUCAUUCUAAUGGCCAUUCCCCAAUUAACCAAAAUUUUGAACUCAACAAGUCUAAACAAAAUUUUUAUCAUAGCAUGAAAAAGCAUCACAAAAUUAGUAAUAUUCCAAAGUUUCGUUGCGAAAUGUUGUAAAAUGCGGAUAAUGUAGCCUUGCGAAGUUUGCAAUUUUCUGUCAUUUUAGAUUACAAACGGGAAAUGGUUACCACUUCCGUGCGUAAUACAAAAUGACUGAAAAUUACAAACUUCGCAAGGCUAUAUUAUCCGCAUUUUACAACAUUUUGCAACGAAACUUUGGAAUAUUACUAAUUUUGUGACGCUCUUUCAAGCUGUGAUGAAAUUUUUGUUUAGGCUAGUUAAGAUAUAGAUCGUCCAUAUAUCAUAACAAAUAAUCUGAAUACAUUUGUAAUUUGUAAUUUUGUUUAAUUCACCCAAAAUAGCUGCUGUAAUCACAUUAAUUUUCGAUUAUAAUUACAAUACAGGGCUAGGAGACUACUAGAAACCUAUCAGCCUUUUCAUUUUAGUCCCCUAACUUAUACAUUAAUAGAUAAUAUAUAAUAAAGUUUUUACAGUUCGAAACUUAAAACAAAACAAAUCAUGAAAAUAGUACAAACCUAACCAAGCAAAUCUACGAAAGAACAUUGCAUAAAUGAGUAUAGAUAAGUACACUUUCGACGUUAGAUGCAGGUCAACUAUUAGUGCAGGUUGUAAUUGUGAAGCGUAUAUAUAACGAAAUCGAGCACACAGUUGUGUCAAGUUGUUACAGGUUUAAUAAUAUACAUAAGAAUAUUGCUCGAUUGUGAUUGGUUGAUCCCAAACAGCAGCGCAAAAUUCUGUAACAACAGUGCAAAAAUCUGUAACUGAUCGGACUGGUGGAAAAAACAUUUUAUCUAAAAUCGACCAAUCAGCUUACUGUAAAGCAGUCCUCAAGUAUCGGUCACAGAUUGCUUCGAAACAGGGCGGCCGCGCUACUAAAUUAUGUCUUUUUUUAAAUGGAAAAGAAUUUACCAAGACGAACAAACAUUACCGAAUAGUUGAGUUAAAUUUUCAAGCCGUUAGCUCUGUAUAAUGUGAUGUAAUAACAAAGCAGGAAAACUAGCUUGUCUGUUCGCUGUGUCAACGAACAAGUUUAAAAUACACUGUUGUAAGUUAAAAAUACACUAUUGUCUCGAACAUUUUUACGUGUAUUAUUAAUGCGUAAUAUGAUAGUUUCUCGUGAUAUUUAGUUAGAACAAGUACUCGUGAGUUUUUCAAAGACCUCAAAUAGCAUUACUCAUCCGGACAGGUGCUAUUUUGACGCUCGUUACAAAACUCACUCGUGCAUGUUGUACCAAAAUGCACUCGAAACUAACCUAUUACCUGUACUAAGCCGGUGAUGGUCAAGACAACCUAUAGAAAUAAUAGACAUAGAAUGCGCGGUGAUGACGAAUCAUGUCUCCACUUUUUCACCGUGCGUGCCCUUUUGAAUGCGCCAUUUUGAAUUUUGGCCAGGAGUGCAAACUACAGGGUACAAACAAAGCUAAAACUACGUUUUUAUCGUCAAAACGUUUUGUCUUGUUGUCUAAUUUGUAGUUUGGGGAUAGAUUUUGAGUAUCUUGAAGGCACAAACUGUCAAAGCAAAUGUACAGUAACAAAACGGUGAAAAUCGUGCAGCCUUGUAAAAACAAAGUAUAGCGGUCUAUAGAUUCGCGAAAAUAUAAUUUACUCAUAAAACAUUUUUUCAUGCUCUGAACGUAACUGUUUUGCUAAUAUCUUAUAAGAUUACAAAAGGAUAGUUCUUUCUUCGUCGGGUUUCGUUUUUCUUCCAUAUAAACGAAGUGUUUUCAUGUUCUUGAAACAAAAAUAUUUAGUUGUCGAUAAACUGUAAAUUGCCUAAAAAUAAUCGUCGAAAACUAUGGUUUCAAAAGCGUUGCCUCAAGCUCAAGCAACGUAGAAAAAUAUGUAAUAUAAUUGUGCAAGUUUAAAAAGAUUCUUGAACUCCAUUUAUAUUAUAAAAGAGUUGAAAUAUUUGUAGAACAUGCCUAUUGAGUUUGUCUUGAUCUUUCGUGUUUUGUUUUGGCUUGCACAACAACAUAUGGUUGAAGAUGUAUUUUUAAACGACGAUUUCUGCAUAUAUUCUGUUCAGAACUACUGCUUUUCGUAAAAAAGUCCACUGGAAUGGGUUUUUAGACACUUUUUCUUCUUUUCCAAACGAUUUUUCCAAACUUAUAAAAACUUUUGCAAACUUUUCAGUUGAAAAAACAAUUCGCUCUCCCUGCAACCGCGCGAAAUUCCUUGCAUUCAGGAGUCUGGGACCAACCAAAAUGCAAUUUUCAAUGCGCCAUUUUGUGGAGACAAAUUGUUUACUGAGAAAAGAUAGGAGCACGCAUUCUAUGUCUAUUAUUUAUAUGAGACAAACUCGAUCUGUGUUUAAUUUAUUAUGGCUCGCCCUGGAAAUCAGAUACGCUGUUCACACUUUAUCUUAGUUUGAACUUAUUUCAUUUUAAAUAGAAAAUGAAUAUGUAUGGUUUACGAAUGUUCUAUUCUGUAAUUUUCGUGCAAUGUUUGGUGUUUCCACUUGCAAGUGCUUCCCAGGCUGGCUCGUGUUUUUCAUCGUCAUUCUCAAGAGCAAUUGGUUACAUCCUUCGUGGAUUUUUACUUGGUGAAAUGAAAGUGGCUACAGUGAUUGAAUGCAAGAAGCGUUGUGUCAUCAGUGCAAACUGUUUAUCAUUGAAUAUAUUAACAAACGGCGAUGGAAGCUUCAUGUGUCAGCUGAACAGUGAUGUGAAGGAAAACGGAGUCAAGGAACAGUUUGUACAGCAUGGGUCUGGGGAGUACUAUGGCUUGAAGGUACGUCCAGCAAAAACUUUGAAACUUAUUUUCCGAGAAACAUUUCUUGUGGAGUUGGGGGAAACAGUUUGGUCGAAACAUUAUAUCUAGCCAUGCAAUUUUCUCAAAGGCCAGUACACUAUGAAGUACCAUAUGUAUCCCGUCCAUGUUUGACAAAGGUGUAGGUAAUUAGGAAAUAUGCAUCAUUACUGUUUAAUAUAGUCUAUCCAUGUUCCGUAAAAAUGUGCAAACCAGUGAUGCAAAUCGUGGAAUUUUAAUUUCUGUCGCAAAAUUGGGAUAUAUUUGUAAUAAACAUUUGCUGGUAUAGAAUACCUUGAGAAAUUUGGUAACUUACAACAAAUAUACUGGUUACUGGAUCAUUCUUUAGGGGGGGUUUUCUCAAUUUAAAAUCCUGUAAUAAAUCAGUAUCUGUUUUAUCGUACAUGAUAUGAUAUAUUUAACAGUUAUUCUACGAACUGGAGUCAAAUAUAAGCUGAUAGCCAAUGAAGCGCGUAGCGCCGAAUCGGCUAUCGCUCAUAUUCGACGAGAGUGAGUGGAAUAACUGUUUUAUUAUUCCAGACCUUGUGCAUAUAAUAAUAAUUAAUAUAUUCUAUACAUCAUUAUAUAUGCUUAGGAAACAUAUGCAUUCUUUUGUUAUAUAGAUAAUUUUAUUACAUAUCCGACAGAUUGAAAUCAGUAUCUUUCUGUUGUUCUAGGAAAAGAAACUAUGCGAGAACAAUGGGAAAAUAUGUCAUACAG